AUGCAUGGACUUUCUGAGAAGGAGAAUGAUAUCCCCUUCUUAGCUCAGGAUUUGAUGGUGCAUCCCAACAAUAGUAAUGGUAGCAUAUCCAACCAAACUCCGAAUGGUACCAAUGGCAAUUCUCCCAAGCGUAAUUCAAAUUCACCACUUUCCCAAUCCAAUAAAAUAAAUCAAGUUUCCCCCUUUCGCAGGAAGCUUCAGCAGCAUCACAAGAGUGCCAGUCUAGGUGCGGGACCUGAGUCCGAUGCAACAACAACAACAACAACAACAACAACAACAACAAUCAACGAGCACGAAGACUACAAGACUUUGGAACGGCAAUUUACAGAUACCUUAUUGAAAUAUAACGCCCUUCAUGGUGAGAACGCAAGGUUGGAGCAUGAACUAGCUGUAAAACUGGCCGAAGUGGAGACACUUCAAGAGAAGGUGAAGCAUGUGGAAGAAAAAUUGGUGGAAUGUCAAUUCGAAAACACAAAACAGGCAGAUAUGUUACAUAAGCAGAUGGAAAUGUAUAAAGAUCUGAUUGAUGAUUUGCAAAUUAAGAUCAUUAAUCUCACUGAAGAGUUGGAAAUGAAUAGGAAGGUACAGACAGAGCUGGUUCUGCAUGACCAGAAUGAAAUGAUGCACAAAUAUCACAAGUUGGUACGAGAUUAUAAAGUUUUGUCUAGCGAUUUCGAAGUGGAAAGAUCUUCUAAGCUGGCCUUGAUUGAACAAAUAGAAUUACUCUUGCGAGAAAAGGAUGUUCUUAAACAGCAAGUUGAAAUGGCCUCACAAUAUGACGAGGAUUUUGACACACAAGGUGAGUUUUUGAAUGAUUUUGAUCAGCCAACCCAUAACAUGACCCAAUUAUCCAAUGAUGAAGACCCUGCAUUACCACAUCAUUCAAGAGGAAUAAGUUUAUUGGAUGAUAUAAGCCAUUCAUCACCAAUAAAGUAUGAUACUUCACAUGAAUCCCUUCAUGUAGAUUCUAACUUUCAAUUUCCAUCACGUUCAAACAGCAUCCAACAACAACCAACCUUCGAUUCUCGAACUAUAUUAUCGCAUUCAUCAUCAAAAAAUAGUAAACUCCCACCUUCACCUGAUCCAAAUUCCAAAAACCGAAAACGACAGUCUUUACCCACUCCUUCCAAGCGGAUGCUGCAUAUUGAUGAACAUGGAGAAUUCGUAUUGAGUCCGUUUAAACUCCAAGCUCCUCUGUUUGAGUUUGCAGAACCUAGUGCUUCCCGUACUCUGUGUCCAUCGAUAUCAACCGUUUUGCAAGCACAUAGUGCCGAUGCUAAAGCAGGGCAUAAGCGAUUUAACAGUCAUGAUCUUAUUCCUAUUCUGGUUGAGUUUGAAAAAGUAGACCAGUCUACUGGAGUGAGAAGUACGUCCAUGCCGGAGGGAACAUCGCGUCCAACCCGAGUAUCGUCUGCUGAACAAAGACAGCAAGGAUUCGAUUUAAUUCCCGAAAGUGAGCAUCAUCGGGACGAAGCAUUGUUUGCAUUGAAUGGAGGUGCACCAGAUACUAGUUUUCGUUUAUCGGAAACUGCCUCAUCUUCAAAACGAUCUAGUUACAUCUCGGAUGACAAGACACGACAAGAAAUCAUGAAACUUAAAUUUGAACUUCAAUCGUUGAAGUUGCAUAAUGAGAAGUUAUUAUCAUACAUUGGAUUUGAAUUACAAAAGCAAAAGAAGAAUAUUAAGCGGUUGUCGAAAAAGCAAUCCCAACAAUCGCUCUUGGCGGCAGCAGCAGUUGCAGGAUCCCCCAAUAGGAAUUUUGAAUACUCUGAUGCCAAAUUGAUUGAAAGUUCGCGUGAUGUUCUCAUUAAUAAGAAACGGGUUUUACGAUCGGUUUCCAUAAAUGCAAUACUAGGUAAUAAUUACAAUAGGUAUGAUCGGGAUAGUAUUGAACUUAAUGAAAGAAAUGCAUUUAGUAGUCCUACUUCUCAAUUGGAUCGAGAUAUUUUUGAUGAAAUUUAUGACAUUGACUACGAAACAGAACUGGAUCUGUUAGAACAAGAAAAGAAAAAGACUAUCAAGAAGUUUGCUUCUGAAGUGUUUAGUAAACGAGGAUUAUAUUCCCUUAGUGAAGAUGAAGUAGACGGUGAAGACGACGUUGAUGACGACGGUCGCGAUGACGAGACUACAUGCCAAGAAGAACUGUCUUCGCCGUACACUUCAGACGAAGAAAUAGGGAUGUUUAAUCAAAUCAGGUAUUUGGUUACAGGUAAUGAUAUAUACCGAGGCAAGAAAAAGAAAAAGAACCCUCAUUUGGUGGAUGAUGGGUUAAAAUUUAAAUUCUUGACGAUUGCCUUGGGUAUCGCUAUUAUUGCUGUAAAAUUGACACCCCAAAGGAGUGUUAGUUCAACUGCCUAA